AUGGGAAGUUUGUAGCAGGGGCACUUUGCCUUAGGGUGUCGAGGAGCGGACAUCACGUGGCGAAGCACGACAGACUUCGUCGCUGUUGACGUUCAUUAUUGUCAUUUAAAUAUUCAAGUUCCAGCUUCAAGAGCGGUCACCCAAACACCUUGCUAGCGAGAGUCCACAAUGUUGGUCGUCGGUCUCACCGGGGGUAUCGCAACGGGCAAAUCAACCGUGUCCAACCUCCUCAAGUCCCAACAGAUACCCGUCAUCGACGCAGACGUCCUCGCACGAGAGGUAGUACAACCCGGAACAAAAGGGCUUACUCAAAUCAUCGCACACUUUGGCUCUGAAGUGCUGUUCCCAGAUGGCACCCUCGACAGAAAGAAACUUGGUACUAUUAUCUUCAAUAACGAGGUGAAGCGGAAGAAAUUGAAUUCUAUCGUCCAUCCUGCUGUUCGGCGUGGCAUUCUUUGGAAUGUGUUUUGGUGUUGGUUGAGAGGAGAGAAAUUAUGUGUCGUGGACGUCCCUCUUCUGAUAGAAGGAGGCCUGUGGAAAUGGAUGGGGAAAGUUAUCGUGGUGUAUUGUUCAGCAGACAUUCAACUGCAGAGGCUUAUGACGCGCGACAAUUCGUCUCGCGAAGAUGCUUCAGCACGCCUUAAUUCGCAGCUUCCUAUAACGCAGAAAGUAGAGUAUGCCGAUAUCGUCCUUGAUAAUUCUGGCACCUUGCAGGAUCUGGAACAGCAAGUUCAUUUGUGUCUUGUGAAGCUAGAACCGACAGCUGGGUGGUCGUGGAAGCUUAGUUGGCUUUUCCCUCCAUUUGCUUUAGUUUCUAUGCUAUGGACGUUGGGAUGGAGGUUCGCAAAACGAUCGCGACAACGAAGUCGGAGGCCAUUCGAGGGAAUUUAGAUAUCACGAUGCAUAGACACUAAAUGCAGAGUACGAAAUGUGUAU